GACUUAAGAGAGAGAAAAUAGUGUGUUUGUGUGGCCACUCUGGAGACAGGAAAACCAACUAAUUUUUUUUUUUUUAAUUUGGUUUUUGGUUUUUGCUCUGUAUAUUCCUCACCAUCGUCUUGUACUACUUCCAAUGAUUUCCCAUUAACAAAAAGAAAAAAAAAAAAAAGAAUUUUGAUCUUACUCUGAUCCCAAAUUUUUUCAGUGUCUUCUUUCUGACAAUGUUGGAACUUUUGCAUUCUCAAUUCUGCAACUGAGUACUGAGAGCAAAGGCAACCCCUUCUUACCUCUGUUGUUACUUGCUUGCUCUCUACCAUGGCUUCAAAAUCUAGAUCCAAUUUAUCUGAAACUCCCAACAAAGCACCACCAGCUACUCCUAACAAAGCACAACCAGCAACUCACAACAAAGCAUCACCUGCAACUCCAAGAGUUAGUAAACUCAGCAAAGGAGUGUCCAAAUCAGAAUCUGAGUCGCCAUCACCUUUGCAAAAUUCACGCCUUUCUGCUGAAAGAUCUCCAAGAUCUUUGAAUUCAAAGUCCACUGCUGAGCGGAAAUCACCAAGACCUACCUCCACCCCUCCUGAAAAACAACCCGCAAAAGCUGCGAAGGGUUCAGAAUUGCAGACCCAGCUGAAUCUUGCUCAAGAAGAUCUAAAAAAAGCAAAGGAACAGCUGAUUCAGACUGAGAAAGAGAAGGCAAAAGCAAUUGGUGAGCUGAAAGAAGCACAGAAAGUGGCUGAGGAAGCAAAUGAGAAGCUCAGGGAGGCAUUGGUGGCUCAAAAGCGGGCUGAGGACAAUUCUGAGAUUGAGAAGUUCCGAGCUGUUGAGUUGGAACAGGCUGGAAUUGAAGCUGCUCAGAAGAAGGAAGAAGAAUGGCAGAAAGAGCUUGAAAGUGUGAGGAGCCAGCAUGCUGUGGAUGUGGCUGCUCUUCUCUCCACCACUCAGGAGCUUCAGCGGGUUAAGCAAGAAAUUGCCAUGACUUGUGAUGCAAAGAACCAGGCACUGAGUCAUGCUGAUGAUGCAACUAAAAUUGCUGAGCUUCACGUGCAGAAGGCGGAGAAUCUUUCAGCUGAACUGACACGGUUGAAGGCCUUACUAGAUUCAAAGCAGGAAACAGAGGCUAGUGAAAACAAGGUUUUACUGAAGCAGAAGACAGAGAUAGAAGCUCUUAUGCAAGAACUUGAAAAGGCAAAGGGUUAUGACGAAAAGUUGGCAGAGAAAGAGACUUAUAUUGAACAGCUUAAUGUGGACCUAGAAGCUGCAAAGAUGGCUGAAUCUUAUGCACAUAGCCUGCUAGGGGAGUGGAAAAGAAAGUUUGAUGAACUAGAAAUGAGAGUUGAAGAAGCAAAUAAGUUGGAGAGAUCUGCAUCAGUAUCUUUGGAAUCUGUGAUGAAACAGCUUGAAGAAAACAAUGAUUUGUUGCAUGAUGCAGAAUCUGAAGUUUCUAGUCUUAAAGAGAAGGUGGGAUUGUUGGAAAUGACAAUUGGGAGACAAAGAGGAGAUCUUGAGAGUUCAGAGCAUCGUCUUCUUGUGGCUAAGGAAGAAAGUCUUGAAAUGUCAAAGAAAGUUGAAUCUCUCAAAUCUGAACUGGAGAAAGUUAAGGAAGAGAGAGCUCAGGCUUUGAACAAUGAAAAGCUUGCGGCUUCAAGUGUGCAGACCCUAUUAGAAGAGAAAAACAAACUUAUUAAUGAAUUGGAGAACUGUAGAGACGAAGAAGAAAAGAGCAAAAACGCAAUGGAAAGCUUAGCUUCUGCAUUACAUGAAGUAUCUGCAGAAGCUAGAGAUGCCAAAGAAAAGCUAUUAGCCAACCAUGCUGAGCAUGAAAACUAUGAGACCCAGAUUGAAGAUUUGAAGUUGGUCUUAAAAGCUACUAAUGAAAAAUAUGAGUCCAUGCUUGAUGAUGCACGGCAUGAGAUUGAUGUUCUUACAUGUAGUGUUGAAAAUUAUAAGAAUGACAUUGAGAACUCCAAGGCAGAGUGGGAGCAGAGAGAACUUCAUCUAGUCAACUGCUUAAAGAAAACUGAAGAAGAGAAAUCGUCCCUGGGAAAGGAAAUAAAUAGGUUGACUUAUUUACUCAAAGAAGCUGAGGAAGAAGCUAGUGCCAAGAUGGAGGAAGAAGCUCAACUGAAGGAAAAUCUGAAGGAAGUUGAGGCUGAAGCGAUCCACCUUCAAGAAGCACUUAAAGAAGCACAGGCUGAGAGCAUGAAAUUGAAGGAGAGUUUAUUGGAUAAAGAAAAUGAGUUUCAGAAUAUUUUUCAAGAAAAUGAGGAACUCCGAUCUAGAGAAUCUGAUUCUAUUAAGAAGGUGGAGGAGUUAUCUAAGUUGCUGGAAGAAGCUACAACCAGACACCAAACUGAGGAAAACGGGGAUCUUACUGAUAGUGAGAAGGACUACGAUUUGCUUCCUAAAGUAGUUGAAUUCUCUGAAGAGAAUGGACAUGGAGGAGAAGACGUAUCCAAGGUAGAGCUUCCAGCAAAUGAAGAGGGACUCGGACAAAGCUUAAAUGAAGAAAGUAUUCUCUUGAAUGACAAGUCUGAUAAAAUUGAAUCUCCCAAACCUGAGAGUAUGAAUGGAAAAAUGAAGGAAGAUGGGGGCAAAGAAAAUGUUUCGGCAGCAGUUGAAUUUAAAAUGUGGGAGAGCUGCAAGAUAGAGAAGAAGGAGUUCUCACCAGAGAGAGAACCGGAGCCUGAAUCUUUUGAGGAGGAAGUUAACUCAAAGAUAGAAGGCGGCGAGGGCUUUGACCAGAUAAAUGGAGCCUCUGUAACAGAGAACAUUGAUGACGGUGGGAGCUCACCAUCAAAGCAACAAGUGAAAAAGAAGAAGAAGCCCUUGCUUGGCAAGUUCGGAAGCCUGCUCAAGAAAAAGGGUGGUAGCAACCACAAAUAGAGAGCAAUAUUCUACUUUGGAAGGUAUAUUGAACAUUACAUUGUUUGCACGUAUUUGCUUUAUGAUUUUUUUUUGCUUCUUGGAAUAGCUCUUAAUUAAAGAAUGACGAGGUUUGUAAUAUUGUUUAGGAUUCUUCUCUAAUCACCUCUUUUGGGUUGCAGUUCUUCACGUUGGCAGUAAAUUGUAUGUGAUGGAAUUUUUAUUUUUCCUCCCUUUAUUCUGCUUUUGUCUCUUGCCCUCCCUCCCCUCCUAUAUAUAUAU